UGUUCAACAAGCCUGACAAGUGUUUGACUCGGCAAAGAUUCGUCAGGAAGUUAAAUCAAAGGCUUUUACUUGGUUCUGGUAACAGUGUGUCUCUAGAGAAGAGCAGUAAAAUGAAAGUACCCUUUUGAUAAGAGGUUUUUGGGAAGCCAAAAGAUAAGAAAGUGAGGAUGGCUUUACCAAAAGCAGUGCGGUUUGGUGUUUUGCUUCUGGUUUUAUGCUUCACUCUGGACCGACCAGGAUUCAGACAAUCUGCGUCCAUCUUCUUUGAGGAACUAAGGGAUGCUACAUCAUCUAUGCUUUUUGCUAGAGAGAAAAGAGAAAUUCUCACAAAUUUCACUGAAUAUGACUUCCAACUUGUCAUAACAUUCUCUGACCUUGAGAGUCUCCAAGAGAUUCUCAAAAACAUCAGCUUUCCCAUAUCGACCAACAACACUGUGGAAAUCACCAGCAUUGAAACCACAACAGUGUGUUCACCAAAUAUAACUGGGUACCAGUGCACAUGUGAACAGAACUUUGCCUGGUCUUAUAACAACUGCAUUACCUACGGAGUCUGUGACACCAUCAUUGGUGACAAAUGUGGCUGCAUUAAAGACAUCCCAGCCGACGGUCAAUUCUGCCAGUUAAACAGCAGCGAAAUAGUGACAACUCCUUCACCAACUUAUGAGAUUGAUUUGGUCCUGGAAAUACGAAUCCCGGUCUCAGGCUACACACCUGAUCAACUGGAUGUGUUUAGAGAGGCCCUGAGAAAUGAAACCUUCCUCAUACCGAUUUCAAAGUUUGUAAACAUUAUAGAGUUAAACCUGACCACAGUGUGUUAUCCAAACUCCAUUUAUGGACUGCAGUGUCAAUGUGAGAGCGGAUUGGCUUGGCCAUGUGACGUGUGCAACAGCAACACUUCAUGCAGCAGUCAGAUCUGUACAUGCAUAUAUGGACUUCCUUCAAAUGACAAGUUCUGUCAGCCAAUCCGAAGUAACGCUACAUGCCCAACACCUCCAGCCCCAGUGGACAUCGAUGUGGAAAUUGUCUUGCGCAUCCCAACCUCUACAGUUCCAUCAAAUAUAUUCGACUAUUUCAGAUAUUAUCUCCGAACAAUCACCUACCCAAUAAUCGUCUCACAGUCUGUUGCAAUAAAAGAGGUGUCCUUCACCACAGCCUGCAAUCCAAACUCUGAUUACGGGCUCCAAUGCCAAUGUGAGAAUGGCUUUGCUUGGCCAUGUGACAUGUGUAACAGCAACAACUCAUGUAGCAAUCAAACCUGUACGUGUUUAAUUGGACUUCCUUCCAAUGACAAGUUCUGCCAGCCAGUCACAAGUAACACUACAUGCUCAACACUUCCAGCCCCAGUGGACAUCGAUGUGGAAAUUGUCUUGCGCAUCCCAACCUCUACAGUUCCAUCAAAUAUAUUCGACUAUUUCAGAUAUUAUCUCCGAACAAUCACCUACCCAAUAAUCGUCUCACAGUCUGUUGCAAUAAAAGAGGUGUCCUUCACCACAGCCUGCAAUCCAAACUCUGAUUACGGGCUCCAAUGCCAAUGUGAGAAUGGCUUUGCUUGGCCAUGUGACAUGUGUAACAGCAACAACUCAUGCAGCAAUCAAACCUGUAUGUGUUUAAUUGGACUUCCUUCCAAUGACAAGUUCUGCCAGCCAAUCACAAGUAACACUACAUGCUCAACACUUCCAGCCCCAGUGGACAUCGAUGUGGAAAUUGUCUUGCGCAUCCCAACCUCUACAGUUCCAUCAAAUAUAUUCGACUAUUUCAGAUAUUAUCUCCGAACAAUCACCUACCCAAUAAUCGUCUCACAGUCUGUUGCAAUAAAAGAGGUGUCCUUCACCACAGCCUGCAAUCCAAACUCUGAUUACGGGCUCCAAUGCCAAUGUGAGAAUGGCUUUGCUUGGCCAUGUGACAUGUGUAACAGCAACAACUCAUGCAGCAAUCAAACCUGUACGUGUUUAAUUGGACUUCCUUCCAAUGACAAGUUCUGCCAGCCAAUCACAAGUAACACUACAUGCUCAACACUUCCAGCCCCAGUGGACAUCGAUGUGGAAAUUGUUGUGCGCAUCCCAACCUCUACAGUUCCAUCAAAUAUAUUCGACUAUUUCAGAUUAUAUCUCCGAACAAUCACCUACCCAAUAACCGUCUCACCAUCUCUUGCAAUAAAAGAGGUGUCCUUCACCACAGCCUGCUAUCCAAACUCUGAUUACGGGCUCCAAUGCCAAUGUGAGAAUGGCUUUGCUUGGCCAUGUGACAUGUGUAACAGCAACAACUCAUGUAGCAAUCAAACCUGUACGUGUUUAAUUGGACUUCCUUCCAAUGACAAGUUCUGCCAGCCAGUCACAAAUGUCACUAUAUGUGAGCCAACUCCUACACCUUCCACAGUGAUUCCAACCACACCAACACCCACAACUAAAGUAACCACCAUCAAUUCAACAACUACACCACCAAUAGCACCCGGGCCUCAAGUUAUAUCAGGCAAAAUUACCAUGGAAAUGCCAUUCGACAGCUCAUUCAAUGACAAGGACAAUAUAGUUUAUAAAACCAUUUAUAAUGCUACAGAACAGGAGUGUACAAAACAUGUAUCAAAAGAUUGUAAAGUUAAGGAUCUAAUCUUUAGUGAAGGAAGUACCAUUGCUAACUAUGAUUUGAGUGUUACUUCCACUACACCACCAACAAAUACACAAAUUCAGUUAACACAAGAUGGAAUAUUGACACAAGUGGCAUCAAAGUACCCUGUCAGCAUUCUCAGUAAAGACCAGAUGGACGUUGAUAAAAAUCAAUUCUAUGUUGGGGAUCCGCUCACUGUGACAUGUCGCCUUCCAUCUUUACUUGAUCUUGCUAACACAUUUUUCGUAUUGUGGACGCAUAAUGGAAACAAGAUUGCCGAAGUACGCAGUUUACUUAAUGGAACAUCAACAUACACAUUCACGAAGUUUCUCACAUAUAAUGAUGGUAACUAUGAAUGUAAGGUGACAUUUGGAGCUGGUUCAACUUUCAGACAGACUGUAGAACUGAAGUCCAAACCAGCCCCUCUGAUCAAUGCUCAACCAGACAGAGAAACACUGAGAUGUGCUGAUCGUAAGAUACUGACGUGCUCUGUAAACAGUGACUUCACAGUUACAUUGAUUUCUCCAGAUGGAGUAGAUUUAAAAACAGCAACCUAUGAGUAUACAGCCCCCAGUGAAUGUGUAGAAGGGAAUGUGGUGCAGUUCACAUGUAUAUCACAACCAAAGGAAAGUAAGAAAGCAAUAACACUGGUACUGACCAGAAAGAACAAGUUUGAUUGCACUGAUCCACUAUAUGGAAAUGCUCUGGUUGGCGCGAUGGCUGUUGCAGACUGUGAAACGAACAAGGAAGGACAAAAGACGGCAGUUUGUAUGGCAGAUGGGCAAUAUGGAGAUAAACAAGACAAGUGUGUCCUAAAAGUGAUUGUAGCACUGCUUGAUCGAUCAGAGGUCUUGACUGAGUUGUCAAUUCCAGUAUUCUUGGAGGACCUUAGAAAUGCGACUGCUGCAAAUAAAAAGGAUAUCACUGAGUCUCCAGCGACCAUCAUUGCCGUGGUUAAGAUCUUUGAAAAUGUUGCCAAUGCAUCAUUGUUCUUUAAAAUUAAAAUAAAUGACAAUUCCACAAGGAAUUUCCUAGAAAGUGCAGGCCUUCUCACGAUUGACGGUGCAAGAAACUCUUGGGCUUUUCUAAACUACAAUGACACUAGAAAUACAACGGAAGACAUCCUUUUAAGAAAAAGUUCCAGCUCUGCAUUCUUGAAUGUUUUUGAGAAUUUAACAGCAUUUAUUAGCCCUGGGUCAAUAAACAUCUACACAGAUUUCAUUCUCCUGAACAAAACUACACUUACAAACCCUUUCAACACUGAAUUAAACUCCUCAGUGGAAAUAGAAAUACCAGAGGCUGGUGGAGAAAAUAAAUUAAUCACCAUAAUAAUUUUUGCUAGCAUGUACAAUGUGCUUCCUGGAAGAGAUGAAGUCAAUACUUCAUCCAACCGUGUCCAUGGAAGGGUUGCCCUUGUUCGUCCUGAAGUUAAAAUCUCAAAUAUUUCACUUACAUUUGAUAUAAUAAAUUAUACAAAUGAUACCCUGGGACAACCUAAAUGUGUUUUCUGGGAUUUCAACCUCUUUGAGGGUCUUGGAGGAUGGAGCGACAAUGGUUGCUCAUUAGUUUACUAUGAAAAUGAAACAGUCAGCUGCAACUGCAAUCACACCACCUCCUUCUCCAUUCUUAUGUCACCUAACAGCCCAAGAAGCCUUAUUCUGGAUUACAUAACCUACAUUGGAGUUGGCAUUUCUAUGGCCUGCUUGGUCAUAUGUCUCAUCAUCGAAGCAAUCAUAUGGAGAAAAAUAAACAAGAAUGCAACUUCAUACUUGCGUCAUGUUUCCAUCGUCAACAUCGCCGUGUCUCUCCUGAUUGCAGACAUUUGGUUCAUUAUUGGAGCGGCUAUUUCAGAUGCAGACAUAAAAAACCCACCAGCAUGCACAGCAGCUACCUUCUUUAUCCAUUUUUUCUAUCUCGCCCUGUUUUUCUGGAUGUUAGCCUCAGGUCUGCUGUUGCUCUACCGAACUCUCAGUGUCUUUGAAGGAGGGCUGUCUAAGAUGUCCAUGCUGAUAAUUGGAUUCUGUUUGGGAUAUGGUGCACCUCUUAUCAUUGCAACAAUAACUAUUGCUGCAACUGCUCCCUCAGAUCAAUACAUCCGGGAAAAUGUUGUUUGUUGGCUCAACUGGGAUGGGUCCAAAGCUCUGCUGGCCUUUGUGAUCCCUGCACUUUCGAUAGUGGUGAUAAACCUUAUCAUCCUAAUUGUGGUGUUAUACAAAAUAUUGAGGAGAAGAGUAGGAGGAAAUGCAGCCCAAGCUGGAGAGAAGCAUGUGCUGGUAGUGAUCGCCAGGAGUUUGGCUGUGCUCACACCAUUUUUUGGACUGACUUGGGGUUUGGGAGUUGGAACCAUGGUCAGCCCACAAAACAUUGGGAUCCAUAUUGCAUUUGCAUUCUUCAAUUCACUGCAGGGUUUCUUCAUUCUGGUGUUUGGAACACUGUUGGACAAUAAGGUGCUGUCAGCCUUGACAAUAAAGUCACUGACGUCACAGGGUAGAACAGGGAGCACCUCUGCUGGAACCUCAUCCAGUGGACUGGGCAAAUUGUUCCGGAGAAUGAGAGGAGACAGAGGCUCCAGAAGUGGGUACCAUGUGUCCUCUACUGGACAAAGUGGAUUCACAGACUCACUUAACACUUAGUUUGUGCAGGAAACCCUGACCAGUUAGAAAGCACAAACAACUGCCCAAAUCAUCUUUUUUUCUCUCUUCACUACUGCCAUGUUAAGACAUUACAUAAUGACCUGUAAGAGUCAAGCUUGAUUCUCUGUUUGCAAAAUGAAGGAAGCAUUCAUUCGGUCUUUAGGUUAAAGCAGUAUUUCCAAAUGUUUUUUAAAGGCAUGCAAUGCAGAUAAAUGUUUUAACAUUACACAACCUUUGUUCUUGGGAAAUGUACAAUAAUGCAUGCUACCUGUUUUUAUGUAUUUUCUAUUGAUUCACUCUAUUAAGAAAAUAUUGUCUUGUAUUUUUCUUAGAAAAGUUUAGUUUAUAUGUUAUGUAUGUUUGUUGAUAAUUUCACAAACUAUUUGGAAAAUGUCUGUUUUUUGUUUAAACUGUAUAACCAGGGAAAAAUAUCCCAGUUCCACUCAGUUCCAACAGGUAAAUGAGGUUUCAUCCCCUUGUAGAUCCUAAAACAAACUCAUCUUCAGGAAAGGGAAACGGGUUAUUAAUUGGUGCUGGUCAUUGUACUUAACACUUAUUUAACGUAUUAGUUACUCAUUACAUUAUGUACAACUUCUUUGUAGCUGGUAUGUUAUGCACAUAACUAAGGAGGAAAUCAGUCAUGAUAGCUCUCUAUAUCAGCAUUUCUUCGGUUGUUUUUUUGUUGUGGUUGUUCUUAUUGGAAGUGCACAAUUUAUUUUUGAAUUAGAGCUGUUAAUAUGUUAGACACAUAAAGAUCGCAGCUGAAUACCAAAACUGUAUUGAAAUGUGUACUGUUUAUAGAUUUGCGGUGGGUCUACUCAGAUUCUGAGAUUUUUUUUUUUUGUGUUGUGCACUUGAAGGACCACUGGAAAGCUAAGCUUUAAACACUAACACUGCCAAGCGUCUGUCUUGCCCCUCAAUUCUGUCAAAUGCAAGAGGUCCUCUUUAACACUUUGGAAGCUGAGCUGCAAAAAGCCUGUGGUGUUUGCAGAUGUCAAGCACUAAUUGUAAAGUUAGCUAAACAUGUUUCCUUUGAAUCUUAAUGAAACUGUCAUUAUUUUUGUAUGUAUUUAGUUUCUUGAAUAUGUCAUAAUAUUCUGUACAUUGUUUAACUGUUUUUGCAAAUUGUUGAACAUUAAAAUAAAAGUCUUGAGAAGCCA